AGGCAGAAAACUUUCUGUUACAUUACAGUGGCACAGUUGGGUUUGAUUUUGAGGUUAAGUAUUGUAUUUAUAGAGGUUGUAAAAAAAUAAAGUAUUUAAAAAAUCUAAACCAUGGUUGUUCGUCAAUACAAUGAAGAACUUCAAUAUUUAGAAAAACUAACUCCAAACUCCUGGAAGAUUAAAAAAGGUUUCCAACCAAAUAUGAAUGUAGAAGGAAUCUUCUAUGUGAACAAUCACUUGGAGAAACUGAUGUUUGAUGAGUUGCGAAAUUCUUGUCGCCCCGGCAUGGUCGGAGGUUUUCUCCCAGGUGUUAAGCAGAUUGCAAACGUGGCAGCUCUUCCUGGAAUCGUGGGUCGCUCUAUCGGACUACCUGAUGUGCAUUCUGGGUAUGGAUUUGCUAUUGGGAACAUGGCAGCGUUUGAUAUGGGUGAUCCCAAGUCUGUCGUCUCUCCGGGAGGUGUGGGCUUUGACAUCAACUGUGGCGUUCGCCUGCUGCGCACAAAUCUCAUGGAGAAGGACGUUCUUCCUGUGAAAGAGCAGCUGGCUCAGAGCAUGUUCGACCACAUCCCGGUGGGGGUGGGAUCCAAGGGGAUCAUCCCCAUGACAGCCCGUGACCUGGAGGAGGCCUUGGAGAUGGGAAUGGACUGGAGUCUGCGAGAGGGCUACGUCUGGGCCGAGGAUAAGGAACACUGCGAAGAGUACGGACGGAUGCUGAACGCUGACCCGAGCAAAGUCAGCAUGCGAGCCAAGAAACGGGGUCUGCCACAGCUGGGCACGUUGGGUGCGGGGAACCACUACGCAGAGAUACAAGUGGUGGACGAGAUAUUCGACAAGUCGGCAGCCAGCAAGAUGGGCAUCGAGAGCCAAGGGCAGAUCUGCGUCAUGAUCCACUCCGGCAGCAGAGGGUUCGGUCACCAGGUGGCGACAGAUGCUCUGGUGGAGAUGGAGAAGGCAAUGAAGCGAGACAACAUCGAGACCAAUGAUCGGCAACUCGCUUGUGCGAGGAUAAACUCGCCUGAAGGACAGAACUAUCUGAAGGCAAUGUCAGCCGCAGCCAACUUCGCUUGGGUCAACCGGUCCUCCAUGACAUUCCUGAGCAGACAGGCGUUUGCCAAGCAGUUCCGCAUGACCCCGGAUGACCUUGACAUGCACGUUAUAUACGACGUGUCCCACAACAUUGCCAAGGUUGAGGAGCACAUGGUAGACGGCAAGCAGAAAACUCUGCUGGUGCACCGGAAGGGUUCAACUAGGGCGUUCCCACCCCACCACCCCCUGAUACCUGUGGACUACCAACUGACAGGCCAGCCUGUGCUGAUCGGAGGCACCAUGGGGACCUGCAGCUACGUCCUCACAGGCACCGAGGUUGGCAUGCAGGAGACGUUCGGCUCCACCUGCCACGGUGCGGGCCGAGCGCUGUCACGGGCCAAGUCCAGGCGUAACCUGGACUACCAGGAGGUGCUGCGGAAGCUGGAAGACCAGGGGAUUAGUAUCAGGGUGGCAUCUCCCAAACUGGUGAUGGAGGAGGCGCCGGAGUCGUACAAGAAUGUGACUGACGUUGUGGACACAUGUCACGCAGCCGGCAUCAGCAAGAAGGCCAUCAAACUGCGGCCCAUCGCAGUCAUCAAGGGCUGAGUCGGCCCUUUCUCUCUACUGGAUUGUGGAUAUUCACCAAUGAAGUGGGCAAGACAACAAGUUCUGUGGUUUACACUUAUCCCAGCAUCAACAUUGUGGAACAUAAAAUACUUCCUGAAAACCUAAAAAUGUCAAAAUACUACUUCCUCUAUUCAGACAGCCUAUAUUUUAUUUGUAAUCAUUAUUUUCUGUACUACAAUUUUUCAUAUUCAACUCUUUAAUUUAUUGUUAUAGUUUUACUUAUAGCUUUUGUAUUAUUUUGUUUUUGUAAAUACAAGAUUAUUUUGAAUGCAACCACGUUUAUUGUCCUUGUUAAAGU